CUGCAAUCCGGGAAAAAUUUAGGUGUGGCAAAGGUGUGGAUGGUCGUCGAAGGCGCUCAUGAAAUGUAAAGAAAAACCUUUCAGAUCACUUUAUUUAGCUAUAUAUACAUACGUUUCUUCUGCUUUCUCACUUAAAAACACAAAUUCGUUAAAUUGUUACGUUGCUACAGUUCAAAAUAGGCCUUUGUUAGCUAGGUUAACGAGCUAACGUUAGGGUCACUUGACGUCACCACACCUGAGCUUUGAUCUGCAGGCCGGUUUCUCAUUCAGUCGCCAGAGCAUGUUUUUAUGUCAACGUACUUGCGUAUAUUUCUUGAGCUAGCUAUAUCCAUGAUUUUUACCUUUUUGUAUUCUGACCACAAGAAAAAGCUCCCUGCGUGCAAAUGCCAAGUUCACCUGAGGAUCGUUUGCGCGUGGCUGCGGUAAUAAGUGCUUUGAAAGCUGCAGGAGUCCGUGUGAAAAACUGGAAAAACUUUUUAAACGGAGAAGCCACCCAUGGGGACACGUAUAAACAGGAGAGACGGUGCAACAUCUUUGCCUUUGGCCGAGAUCUGGCCCUGUUGCCACAGUGUAAUUUACCAGAGAUGGGGGGCGCAGUCCCACGGUUCCUGGUGGACGCCUGUGAGUUCCUGUCUCAGCAUCUGCACACUGAGGGGCUGUUCAGGAAGACGGGGUCUCUGAGCCGGAUCCGUGCUCUCAGGGUGGGUCUAGAGCAGGGUGAGCCAGUGUUCUCCCCUCCUCUCUCCUCCUCCCUGCAGCCCUGUGACGUGGCCUCUCUGCUGAAGCAGUUCCUGCGGGAGCUGCCCUCUCCCCUCAUCCCUCCGGAGCUGCAGGGGGCGCUGUGCCGCGCCCAGGGCCUGGGCCCGAGGGGGGGCCGUGAGGGGGGCAGGAACGGGCCCACCCUGCUGGUGACGGCCCUGUUCCCCACCUUCCAAGCCCGGGCCCUGCGGUACCUCUGCACCUUCCUGAGGCGCGCCGCCCAGAGGUGCAGUGAGAACCGCAUGGAGGUGGGCAGCCUGGCCCUGCUCAUGGCCCCUAACCUACUGCAGGGUCUGACCGCAGGCUGCAAGCUGACCGUGGGCACGGAGAGGCUGCUGGACCGGCAGGCUGCGGUCAUCACUGCCCUCAUCACACACGCCGAACGCAUCGGAGUGAUUCCGUCCGUCGUCAUGGAGGCCCUGGCGGGCGCAGAGGGGGCGGGGUUUCAGGAGAAGGCGGGGCUCGGCGUGUACAGGAGCGUGCGGCGACAGAGGAGGCGGAGCGUCGGAGAGAUGUUCGUGGACGCCUUCAGCAAGCUGAAGACGGGCCGCGCCCCCAACGCCCCCUCCCAGCCGGACACCGCGCAGGGCCAGCAGGGGGCAGCAGUAGCUGUACCGCAGUCACCGUGCACCACCAAGCGAAAGGCCUCUCAAGAUACCGUUCCCGAGGUGGAGGGCUCUGCCAAAAAAAGACGCUCGAUCCAUGACCUGAGAGUAGAUGCCCAGCCAACAAGCCUCUCCUGCUCGGAUGACUCUGAGUCCCCCCUCAGCCAAAGCCCGACCCCCAGCCUCUGCUCCGUCACUUCUGGGCUGGAGGCCAGUGACGAGCACCACCUCCUAGCACCCCAGACUGCCUCUGCCAAGAAGAGAAACCACAGGAGGAACACCAAACGUGUGCAGAGGGUUCCGGCUCCAGAGGACCGCGCCCAGCGCAGACGCAGGUCUCUGCGCUUCUUCACGACGGGCAGCUGGAGCGGCAGCAGUACUGCCCCCUCAGAUGGCAUUGAAGCAGAUAAUUGGUUGUUGGGCACUAAACGGAUAACUGACAACCUGCAGGAACCACCCAGCUGCGAAGGGGUCCGGCCAUUUCAGCCGCCCGUCAUUCUGAUUGAUGGCCCAGGAGGAGUGGUGGUGGGGAGCGAGGUGGAGGACGACCCCGAUACGCUGAACUGCAGCUUUGUGGAGAGCCCCCCCACCAUGCCCGUCAGCAGCAGGAGGGUGUGGAGCGCAGCACAGCGCGAGGGGGAGGGGGAGGGCGAGAGGAGGGCCCCAGGGACCGGGGCCACUGUGGAGCCGGGGGAGGAGACAAACGGACCAGCCUACGGCAGGGAGGAGGGAGUACGGCCAGUGGGGGAGGCGAGUGAAAGGAAUGUUGGUUCUGGAGGGUGGCGCGAUCCCGUGGCGGAUGUUUUUCGGAGGGUCAGCCGGGGCUACCGGCCCCCGCGGCGCUCCAUCAGCCUGCCGGAGGUGACCUCGGACCAGGCUGGAGAUCAGGGAGAGGAGGAGGAGGAGGGUGCGGAUAAGUUUGGGGGUUCAGAUUUCCACAAUUGUCGGUGGUCUGUGGAGGACCCCAUGAAGGACUCUGAGGAGGUGCUGCAGAACGGGCUGGAUAAGCGCAGGGUGACGGAGAGAGAGAAGAAGGGGAAGAAAGAGGAGAAGAGGCGGGCGGGGAAGGCGGAGGAGUCGGGGCUGGGGUUCGUCCGGUCGCACCAGCGCAUGUCCGUGGCGGAUCGCAUGCGCCGGUUCAACCUGCUGUCGGCGUGGCUGAGGGCCCCAUCCCGGCCCACGCCCGUCCCCCCCUCGCCCCAGAGGGGCCCCGUGCGUCUGCGCAGGCAGGGGGCCCGCCGGUUCAGCCGCUCGGUCAGCCACGAGGCCGUGGCGGAGUUACUGCAGGAGCACAGUACCCUUACCACCAAACCUCUACCUCAGAGCCAGGAGCACUGUACCCUUACCGCCAAACCUCCACCUCAGAGCCAGGAGCACUGUACCCUUACCGCCAAACCUCCACCUCAGAGCCAGGAGCACAGUACCCUUACCGCCAAACCUCCACCUCAGAGUCAGGAGCACUGUACCCUUACCGCCAAACCUCCACCUCAGAGCCAGGAGCACAGUACCCUUACCGCCAAACCUCCACCUCAGAGCCAGGAGCACAGUACCCUUACUGCCAAACCUCCACCUCAGAGCCAGGACCUGCUAAAGCACAGGGACCUGGACCCUCCACCAAACCCCAUGAACCCUUUCAGCCUUUCCAACCCUGUGAAGCCUCAGAACUGUAUGAACCCUCCCUCCCUUUUGAAGCCUGCCAGCCCUCCUGAUAUUCAUAGUCCUGUGAACUGUCCUAACCCUCUGCACUCCUGUAACUUUCAUAACCCUCAAAACCUUCUGAACCCUUCCAUCCCUCUGAACUGUCCUAACCCUCUGAGCCCUUCCAACCAUAAUCCUCUGAACCCUGGUAACCCUGUGAAUCCUGCCAUCCCUCAUAACCCUCCAGAGGCUGUGAGCCCUCAGAAUCCCCUAAACCCUCUGACCCCUCCGUUCCCUCUGGAGCAUAUGAAGCCUCCGCGACUCUCCUUCAGGCCUCCCAAACCUCCACGCCGCCAUCCGUCCCGCCGGCUGCCCCCGGUCCCAGGGGGCCAGCCUUUCCGACACGGCCAGCGUCUGAAACAGCCCCAGCAGGACCCCGGGAGGCCCCCCCAGCCACCCAAGCCCCAGCCCAAACCGGAGGGAGAGAGCGGGUCCCCUGAACCUGACCUCCAUGAGCUACUGGAGCUGCAGCUCCGCAUACAGCACCUGCAGUCUCUGCUGGAGCAUCCAGUAUCCCAGAGUGCUCUCUGUUCGGCCCCGCCCCCUAAGCCUGCCAGAUCACCCUGCUUCCUGUCUCUCCCUCCCCCUCCGCCCCACCACAACGACGCCCGCUCACAUCGAGCCCCUGCCCUUAGCCCCCCUACAUGGCCCCUCACAGCCUCUAACCCCUGCUGCCCCCUACUGGCAGACCGGUGCAUUGGCUCGGCUCCAGAAAUGGGCGACCGUCACUGUGCCAGAGGGUUAAAUGGGACAGGGACCGGUGGGGGCGACCUGAGCCCCUCUCUCUCUCCGCCGCUGUUGCAUCUCAGGCUCCCCACCGCCAGGAGGCGCUACAGGGACUCCCCCCGCUGGCCAAUCCCUGAGAUCCACAUCACCAGCCUGACUCCCUAUCAGCUCUGAUAGGCGGACAGGAAAUUACAACAGACACCUCUUCCUGCUCACAAGCUCAACCAAAGGCAAUUAAUAGGGGAGGGAGUAAUCCUAGUCCUGCUCUCUCACCUGUACUUCUGGUUUGUGCCGUUUGUAAUGUUCACAGUUGAGAAAGUAAAGCUAGUAUUGUAUGCACUUUGGCAAUGAAUGUUACCGUAACACUGCCCUGCCAGUACCCUUUUCUGCAGUGGUUUAAGUUUUACAUUUUACGUUUGUGCAUUUAUUCAUUUUUAAUUGCUUGUGCCAUUCCAUGUCUCAAAUA